AUGGUCAAGGCAGUUUCUUCUUACUGCAAUGGAACCGUUGAAAACGUGAAAUCAAGAAACGGUAUAACGAGCACAACCAAUGGUCCACAGGGAACUAUUGCUGCGAAAACAGUUGUAUCUCUCAGUCUGUUGGAGAAUGGUCUCGAGAGGCUAGAUAAAAACAUUGACGUAUUGAGUCCAACAUUCUCCAUUAAGCCAGAGGUUUGCCUGACAAUUCAGGUUGAAAAUGUGCACGCUGUCAGCCACUUCAAGCACCCGACUUGUACUCUGCUGCAAUACGCCAGGGACUUUGGCAACAACCUGAAAGAGUCUCUGAAACGAGCAACAAAGUGGUCGGCCUACUACUUCACUCGUGCUCACUCGUACUAUCCGGUUCCCGAGACAAAGGUAGCCCUAAGAGAUAUCCCAAAGAUAAAGCCUCUUCCUGUACGUGAUAUGUCUAAGCAGGACCAGGAUUACAUGCGCCAGUGGGCCAGCGAGCAUGGAAAAGCCGUCAGACAGCUCUCGGUUCGUCAGAACAACACCAAACAUCCAGCAGGGACUCUUCCUCUAAACAUGUAUAGGAAAGAGCUACCUGUUGGCGACCGAGUCACCGAAGAACCCAGUUCAGCUGAUGAUAUUGGUGACCAGCUAUCAGAGUAUGAUUCUGACUCCAGCAACGAAGAAAACAGUGCAACCCACCAAGAAGACGCGGUCGAGGCUGUUCCUGUAAACUUCCUAUCAAAGACAGUG